CGAGGCAAAUAACUAAAUGGGGUGGUGCAGGUGAUCGGUAUAAGAUUUGUCAGCCUCCCAAUCCCAGGGUUAGUGAUACCUGAUCUCCUCCUAUGGGAGGGCAAUACACGGGGCUGGCUUUGCAGGUUGGCUUUUGUGAAUCCAGCAAUACUUCCGGGGGCGUAGAUUAAGAAUGGAAAGGGAAAAAAGAGAGAGAGGGAGAGUGGGAAAGAAAUGUCACGCAGUGCAGAGGCUGACAGCCGCUGACCCGACCGGUUGGAUCAUACCGUUUCUCUCCGGGCUGUUCUGAAUUGGAAUUACUGCUGCUGUGUACCGAUCUGGCCUCUGAGGACGUGAUCGGGGAUCGGAUUCACAGGAGGGAUCCAAGGUUGUGCAGGAACCGUGGAGCAUUUGAACAAAGCGGCAGCCCCGUGUUGUGGAUCUGACCGGGUGUCGGUGAUCCGCAGCUGUCUCUUCACAGGGAUCGGAGGGAGAAAAAAAAAAAAAGACGCAACAUUUUCUGCCCGAUCCAGAGCCCGCAGCGGUGUGUGUGUCAGAUGGGUCUCGGAUGCGUUUAGAUCGGAGGUGCAGAGGUGGGUUUGUACCCUUAGCAGGAUCGGCACCCCCACCUCGUACAUUUCCUUGGCAUUGUGCAGGAGGGGCAGCUGCUGCAUAGGACACCCCGGUUUACACAGUAGGGUGGAGGUGUUGUUGUUGUGUUCAACACCGGCUUUCGCAUUUAUUGCCGUUCUUGACGAUCACCCACCGUUCAUGGUAACAGUGAUCGAAUAGAACGUUAGCGAAGGUUCCAUUUAACCCUUUGUUACGUAGAACGCGGGCACUGCCAGCUGUGAUUGGCGUCUGGGACCAUUGUGACGAAGGUGAUUGUGACGAAACAAGUGGCUACCGAGGUUAUUUAACUGUUUGCUAGCGCGUUGCCUGGCAGUUCAGCUGUGACUUCAGCGCGAAUUGACGGAUUGUGAUACGGUGCAUAUCCUUUGGAUAACUGUGCUUUUUUUCCCUUUCCUGCGAUUUGUUACAUGCUGCCGGUCGCUGCCGGUCCAUGUGCCGGUAAGUAGGCAGCAUGUCUAUAGACAGAGAUCUUGAAUCCGGCUGGGAGAGGCAGCCCGAGGCUGAGGAGAAUGGAUCUGUAUUACCAGCUUCCAGCUCUGUGCUCCGUGCCACCAACGAGCCGUCUCCCGCCCGUGCCUCACCACCCCAACCGGACCCUCGGUACAGCCCCCUGCUAUUGGAUUACGACGGUUCAGUGCUGUCUUUCCUAGGAGGGCUGGGGAAGUACCAAACCCGCCUGGUGCUGCUCACCUGGAUCCCCAUGUUGUUUCUCGCGUUCAGCAGCCUCUCGGACUUCUUCUUCUUGGAGUUGCCCGAUAUAACCUGUAAGACAAACGACAGUGGGGUAGAGGACGGCCACUGGAUGCAACUCCCGGCUGGGAAUGACACCAGCGUCCUCCCUACGACGCAAGCACCCCAGCUUCCCACCACAGCCACGCUUGAUGCCAUCACUGAUACCUACAAUAACAUCUGCACGUGCCGCGAGAAAGUCUUCCAUAUCCGGCCAGGGCUGGUGAAGAACGUGGUUAGCAAGUGGGCGGUUGUUUGCGAAUCUUCCUGGAAAGUCCAUAUUGCCAAGUUUUCUCUCUUGGUUGGACUGAUAUUUGGAUACCUGAUUACGGGUUGCAUUUCAGACUGGUUGGGAAGACGCCUUGUUCUGAUGUGUUCUGUAGUCCUCAAUUUGAUCUUUGGACUUACCCUUGCCUUGUCUGUGAACAUGACCAUGUUCAGCACCCUCAGGUUCUUUGAAGGCUUUUGCUUAGCUGGAAUAUUCAUCUCCUUGUACACAUUACGGAUAGAACUCUGUCCGCCCAAUCACAGAUUCAUGAUAACGAUGAUUGGGAGUUUCACCGCUUUGGCUGGACAGUUCCUUCUUCCUGGUAUUGCUGCACUCUGUGGAGACUGGCAAAUCCUGCAAGCAGUCAUCAUCUGUCCAUUCAUCUUGAUGCUGCCUUACUGGUAUAUUUUCCCAGAAUCCCUGAGAUGGCUCAUGGCUACACUUCAGUUUGAGGCUUCCAAGAAACAAAUUCUUGAGAUCAUUCACAGAAACCGAGUGAACACCGAAACUGAUAUAAAAGGAGUAAUGCCUGAGCUGGAGAGGAACCUUAGCAGUAGUACCAAGAAGGUUUUCAUCCUCAAACUUGUUAAGACAAGGAAUCUGUGGAAGAAUAUUGUUGUUCUCUGCGUGAAUUCGCUGACUGGUUUCGGAAUACACCACUGUUUUGCGAAAAGCCUAAUGGACCCAGACAUUAACUUGCCCAUAAUCUACAAUUUCUAUGUCAACUAUUACACCUUGGCAGGGAUCGCUUUGGCUUCGUGCUUAGUCAUGUGCCCUGUUGUUAGUUUUAUGGGCCGGAGAGGGGGACUGCUUUUCUUCAUGAUCGUGACAGUCCUGGCAUCUCUCCUCCAACUGGGUCUUCUCAAUUUAAUCGGAAAAUACACUCUGCACCCUGAAACAGGAAUGAGCAACGCUGUGAAAAAUAAAUUCUCGUUCGUCUUCUCUGUUAUCGGGAUGUUUUCGUCUCAUGCAGUGGGAAGUCUAAGUGUAUUCUUCUGUGCAGAAAUCACCCCCACAGUCAUCAGGGGAAGUGGCCUUGGACUCGUUCUCGCAAGUGCUGGGUUUGGAAUGCUAACAGCCCCCAUCAUGGAGCUCCACAAUAAGAAGGGAUACUUUCUCCACCAUGUUAUAUUCGCCUGUUGCACGCUCAUCUGCACCAUAUGCAUUCUACUGCUGCCAGAGAGCAAGAACCAAAAUCUGCCUGAGAAUAUCAACGAUGGAGAGCACUAUACACGCCAGCCUCUGUUGAGCCACAAGAAAGGCGAACAACCCCUCUUAUUAACUAACUCGGAGCUUAAGGACUACUCUGGUCUCCAUGAUUCAGCAGCUCUGGGGGAUGCCAUGUCUGAAAAUGCAACUGUCAACGGCAUAAAGUCAACAUAACUGGCCGUCAUUCAUGGAGGAACAUCUAUUGCAUUCGUUAUUUGAUUUAACCUUUGCACAGGUCUUGCAGGCCAUAAAAAGGAUGAUUUAAAACUGGGCUACACCUCGCAUACAAAUAGUGAGCCCCUAUAAACUCAAUAACAUGAAGAAUAAACACCGGAAUAUAGUCUUUAUUCCAUAAUCAUCCUAUUAUUAAUGUACUGUGUAUGUUUUUUUUAUAUUUUAAUUCAUCUCUUGUAGAUGUUCUAACAAGAUUAUUUUAGAUUUUUUUGAAUUUUCAUCAAAUCAUGAAGUGGAAUCGUUGGUUUCUGUUACAACUCUGCAGAAUUGAAUUUCACAGUAGGGAUGCCACUUUUAAUAACCACUGUAUUCUUAAUCCAGGUCUGAUCUCCCAAUAAUCUGUUCAUGAAAUACAAUCACUUACAAAUUAAGUAGUGUGUCUGCUCCAAAACCUUCAAGAGUUUGCUACAUGGAUUCCCAGCAGAGAUUAAAUGAACACUUAAAUUUAGUAACUUUAUUAUGUAUAUAUUGAAACAUUUUGUGAACAUUGUUUGGGCUUUGGCUUGGCACCACUCCCACAAGGGGCUUGCUGCUGCCCACAGGUGCAUCAUCUUUACUGCACAGAAAGUAAGAAGAGACAUUUCUUGAUCUAUACCUAAGUGAACAUGAAAGGGAAGACUGUGACAGAACACUUUAGAACAGGAGCUAACGGACUCCACGUUCAUAUAAAGUUCUGUUUAAUUUUGUGUUUUUGUUUUUCUAUCUAGGAUACUUGAGCAAUACAGACCAUUUGGGAAAUGAUAUAAAUAUCACUACCUUCAUAGAAUAAGCCUGUUGGCUGCUAAAUACUCACAACAUGCAGCUUUUACCGAGCGUACCUAUUGGUUAAUCCUCAGGUUUCGCAUUUUAGGUUGAAGACAGUUGGGGAGGUCUUUUAGAAAUACUUAGUAUAUAUAUAUGUGCCAAAUUGUUCUUGUAUGAAUGAGCCUUGUCCUGCUGCACCUAGUGUGGGUUUGACAUCUAUUUGAGGUUAAUGUUUUUAGCUGAAUUACUAGCUAUACUGCUUCUAUGUCUUCAACACUGGUGCUCAUUCACAUGGGAGAAUGUAUAUUCAAGAGCAUUCAGUUGGUUGUGGAGAAAAUUCUUAGCCCUCUCACUUCAUACAUGUGUAGUGAUACAAUAGUAGAAUUAUUGUACUGCACAUGCUUCUGCUUCCCCUUAACCCCAGAUUUCUGUACAUAUAGAAAUAGUGUGGGUUGGGCAUACAUGUAACAAUGAGCGAUUAUCUCUAGGCUUGCUUACCCAUAAAAAAAAAAAAAAUGGUACUCCAAACACUUGAUUUUUCUGACAUCCCUUUUGGGAAUCGGCAAAGCGUUCUUGUUGUCUUAAGAUAUUACGUGAUGAAUUUUCUUACUGCUGAAAAUGGUAUUUAAUUCUAAAAGAUAUAAUGUGAUACAAGACAAGUUACCAAACAUAAGAGAGCAGGGCCCUGUGUGAGAUAUGUUUUGCCCAGCAAGACAAUGGAAGCGAAGAAAUGCAUUAACCUUCUCCAAACGGUACCUGCGUGCCUGUUGCUACCAAAUGACAUUGUGGUACCAGGUUGUGGAGAUAGUCAUGGUUGGGAUCCAUUCGAUGACUUUGUCAUUAGCUGUGAAAAUAACUUGUUAAUGUUGCAGGCAUCUCUGUUACAAGAAAGUAUGGCUGAGAUCUAUAUCAUGCCAUUUAUUCCUUCAUACAGUAGAUAUGGCUGUUACUGGACCAGACUUGUGCUAGAAGGCUCCCACUGAAUCAUACGAA